GUUACGUUGCUAGGACUUUAUAUCAAAGCAAUCUUCUCUUCUGUUUCAUUUUGUGAAGCGUUUCUCUUGCCUAACAAAGCCUUUCUCUACCAAAUUGUUCUUGUUCGUCACGCCUCAAUGUCUCUGAACCAAGUCUGGGAGGCAGCUUCUGCGAGCCCUUAUUCUCCCCUUAUCGCGAAAGAUAGCCAGUUCUUCGUCGGCUUUAGUCUCCUGCUUGCUGCCUUCAUACUUACUGGUCUCUUUGGAUUGAACCGUUCAUUCACCAGCAUUGCCCUGUUCGGCGUCCCAGCAUCGCUGGCGUUUGGCUUCGGAGCCGUCUAUAUGAUCUGUGCCGUUGGAGUUUACAAAACCAUGGCGGACGUGGAACCCAUCUUCACCGCGGUCUCCAGCAACGCCCACCACCUCUACACCCUCCUCCAAUGCAUCGGAUUCGCGCCCAAGGCCACCGUGCAACUCACGCCCGACGGCAUCCGCUUCUCCGUGGAAGAAACCCGAACGGUGCAGGGGCUUGCAUUCCUCGACAAGGCCCUCUUCACCAGUUACACCUUCAAUCCACCACCAGCCGCAGCUCGCACCCCCACCGACGAGCAUAGCAACCAUGAUGACACCGGGCCCCCCUCCACCGACGACCCAACCUCCUACUACCCGUGCUUCGAAGUCUCGCUCACCGCCCUUCUCGAAACGCUCAAGAUCCUCGGCAUCAACGACAACUCCACAUCCGGCGGCAGCGGCUCCUCCCGCGCCGGCAGCGUGCAACCGGCCCCUUCCCACAGCGCCUUCACCACGCCAGCCCUCCUCCUCGACCGCUCGUGCACCCUCCGCUACGCCACAGAAGGCAGCCCCUUGAGCGUCACGCUCACCGAGACCGGCAUCCAGACCACCUGCGAAUUAACCACAUACGAGCCCGAAGGUGGCGAGAUCGAGAUCCCCUUGCAACGCGACGCGAUCAUUAUGAAGAUCAUCAUGCGAUCGGCCUGGCUCCACAACGCCAUCACCGAGCUGGCAGCCACGGACCCGACCGUCCUCAAAAUCUCGGCCUCCGCGACCCACGAGCCGUUCCUCGCGUUGGCCGGCGCCGGCGGCUCGUUCAGCGAGUCCUCCGUCGAGUUCUCCGUCGAGAAUCAGCCCCCCACCGCAUCCGGUGCCGCUCCCCGUGAGGAUAAUGAUGAGGGUGCCUCCCGCGCGAAACGAGCCCGCCUCGCCCCGACUGUCACCGAGACAUUUCUGGUCAGUCCGCCCUCCUCGUCAUCGUCGGGGGGGUCGCAGCACAUCCGACAGGAUUACAGGUUCAAGGCGAUCCAGAAAGCGAGCCGCGCGAUGGCCGUGGCGAAUAAGGUCAGUAUCCGGGGCGAUCGGCAGGGGGUGCUGAGCUUGCAGUUCAUGAUCGAGUCCGAUGUCCAUGCUGGCACCAGUGGGGCGAGGUUGUCGGCUAGAGGGGGUUUGGCGCCUGUGGUCAGUUUCGUAGACUUCCGGUUCGUGCCGUUGUUGGAUGAUGAC